AAACCCAUGUGUUGCUCAGUAGUAUGUUUGCAAUCUACAUUGUGUUAGACGUGAGAUAAGUAUCAAGGUUGAAUCAAUGAAUUUUAACGAUGCAAAGAAUGAAAUUCUGCAGGUGUUGUCCAAGACGGAGAGACAACAUCUUCCAAAGCUAUUAGAAUGGUUGAAAACAUCCGAUGAUCUGGAUGAUUUCCUGGUGGACAACCAAAGUGUUAUUCUUCAAAGUAUUGCAGAAGACCUAAGGGUUUGCCUUCCACUGGAGGCUAUGGCUCCCUCAGAGACUAUGGCUAUUCAGAAGACUCAACAGAAACCUCAUCCCACUGUGCAUGUGGAUGCAUUUUUAUAUGAUGAGGAAGCUGUGGAUUCAUUAUGUGAGGAGGGAAAAAUGAGUCGCAACUACUGCCUCAACUGUGGAUCGCACAGAACAGCACCGCUAGAGUUCAUCUCACAUUCGUUCUCAAUCCCGGAACUCCAGUUCCUAUUCCACAACGUUCUUCCCGACCUCACAGGAAAACUGGUGGUGGAUGUUGGAUCUAGACUUGGAGCUGUGCUAUUUGGGGGCUACCUGUACAGUGCAGCAUCUCAGCUGGUGGGAGUUGAAAUAAGUUCAGAGUUUGUCAAGCUUCAGACAAUGGCUGUAGAGAAAUAUGGCUUCAGUGACAGAAUUCAGGUGGUUCAUGCAGAUAUCCGCUCUCAGGCUGCCUUAGUGCAAAAUUCAGAUGUUUUGAUCAUGAACAACGUGUUUGAAUACUUCAUGGAACCAAGUGAACAAAUGCAAGCUUGGCUAUUUAUUAGUCACAAUUUCAGAAAGAAAGGUGCACUGUUAGUAACUGUACCCAGCAUUCAAGAGGCACUUACUUUACUUCAGGACGCUGUUUUCCUAGAGACAUUAGCGCUUGGCCAAUGGAUAGAGGAAGUACCACUUGAUUACAGUGUUUAUCUAAAAAAUGACACAGAUCCAGAUUCUCUCAAGCAAAUCCAUCUUUAUAGAGUACUUUAACCCUGAUACAGUGGAACCAAUGAAUACGAUUAGCCUCAGUGAGGCCUUUAACAGGACAAACGAUGCAAAUAGAUUUGAUUAAACACACUGCAUCCUCUUCCGAUGAACAUUCACUUGUCAAUUUUUAAAAUGGCGUUUGAUUGUAAACACAUUUGUACUUAAAAUUGUCCACUUAUAUUUCAUAUAAUUUCUUUAUGUCAUGUAAUAUUUGCAUUGCUGUAUUAAGCAGUUAUCAUUUAGAGAAAAUUUGUUUUCCAGUAAGUGCCCUCUUCCCUGGUUUUGUAAUUUGUUGAAAUGCAUUUCUAUCUCCAACUCUUUCUGUUGAAACAGGAAGUAGGGGAGGGAUCGCUGCAUGUGUUUUUUUUUCUUUUACAGGCAGAGGUAGUGCACUGGAGACAAUUUACGUCAUCCUUGAUGUUAUUAUUUGUCUUGUGUCACCGACUGAUGACUUUAGUUGAGAAGUUGAGUUCUUUGCCAUAAUAGCUAUUAAAAUCUUUAUCUGUAGCUAUUAAAAGCAUUUAUCUGAAAUAGAAAUCUUUUGUAACAUUAUUAAUGACUUUUGCAUCACUUUUGAUCAAUUAAAAAACA